AUGAAUAGUAAACUGAAGAGCAGACACCAUGUUCAAAAGCAAUAAUCUGAGUUUGCAAAAAAGAUUUUGAAACUUACUGAGAGCACUCCAUUCUCAAUAAUCAUGGCCAUAGUUACCAUUUAUGCACUCUUCGGAGAUGACAUUCGCAUACUGUCAGUUGAUAAACAAGGAGAUGAUGUAUUCUUCAUUCUAACCGUGAUUUGUAUGGUUGCUUUCUUAGCGGAAAUAAUACUUACAAGCAUUUGUAAACCAGAAUAUGUGUUUAAUUUUUACUUUGUAUUGGACGUGAUCUCCACAAUAACAAUGAUAUUGGAUUUGGGAUGGAUUACUGACACAUGGUAUUCGGGAGACCUUUCAAGUGCUGCUUAAAUUAAAUCAAUUGGAACUGCAUCUAGAGCAGCUCGAAAGGCAGCUAGAGUUAUUAGAGUGAUUCGAUUGGUGAGAUUGGUCAAGUUGUAUAAACAUGCUCGAUAAUAGAUGGAGAAGGAAUAAUAGAAAAAGCUAUUAUAGGAGUUGCUUCGAUAAGCUCAAUAAAAUAAAAGCUCAGAUUAACAGGCUCCUCAAUAACCGUAAAUACAGGCCUAAUCUAAUCUACAAGUAGUGCCGAUUGUUUCUAAUAAUGAAGAAUAAAGGGGAUCUCAAAAUGACAUUGAAUAGUCCAGAACUCCUGAUAAGAAUUCAACUACUUCUAAUCUUAAAACUUCAUCGACCACUUCUCAAGCUGAAGAUCAAAUUAAAGAGUCUUUAGUCGGUGCAUAACUCUCAGAUCUCGUUAUGAGAAGAGUUAUCACUAUCAUUUUGGCAAUUCUGAUAAGUAUUCCAGUUCUUUCAUUGGAUACCUAUUAAGAAAUGAUUAGUAGUUAUGACUCAGGAAUUUAUAGAAUCUAUUAAUUCAGAAACAAUGAUUCAGUGAUGAAGUCACUUCUCUAAUAAUAUGCCUAAUUCCAUGUGUCUGAGAUAUUUCCAAUCUAUAGUGUGGAUGUCAAAUUGGAAGGUGAUUCCAAUUAAAAAUUACACGAAUGGAGCUACAGUACAAAUCCUGAGAUCUUUGAAUAACCUGCUUAUGAAACAAAAAACCAAUAUAGAUUCUCUGAUCUUUAAUAUUACGUUAAAUCUGAAGGAUCUGAUUUAUAAACUUAUGCAGCUGCUGAUUUAGUGAGUUACAAUUAGACGAAUGCAAUUUUAUCAAUCUUUUAAACUGUCUUUGUCUGCAUUGUUUUAGCAGUUUCAGCAUUAAUGUUUAGUAAGGAUGUUUCAGAUUUGGUAAUUGAUCCCAUUGAGGCUAUGAUGCAAAAAAUUGAAAUGAUUGCAGCCAAUCCUUUGGAAGCAGUCAACAUUGAGGAAUAGGAGGACUUAAUAAUGGAGGAAUUGGAAAAACAAUAAGAUGUAGAAAAGUUGAAACAAAAAGAAAUUGAGAAACAUAUGGAAACUUAUGUGUUGUAGAGACUAAUAAUGAAAGUAGGGGCACUAUUGGCAGUUGGUUUCGGAGAGGCUGGCUCUGAAAUUAUAGCUGAGAAUAUCAAAAAGGGUGGUAGUGUUGAUCCAAUGAUUCCUGGGAAGAAGAUUCUGGCCAUCUUUGGUUUUUGCGAUAUAAGAAAUUUCACAGAUGCCACAGAAGUCUUGUAACAAGGAGUAAUGUUAUUUGUAAAUGAAAUCGCUGAGAUUGUCCAUUCUACUGUUGAUUCCAUGAGUGGAUCAGCUAAUAAAAAUAUAGGAGAUGCAUUCUUGUUAGUUUGGAAAUAUUCUCCUAAUGAUUACCAUCCAGACCCUGAUAAUCCUAAAAGCUUGAAGCUCAAAAACGACAGAUACAUCAAAUAGAAAGGAGAUAUGGCUGUAUUGGCAUUUCUAAAAAUAAUUACUGGAAUCUCAAUUUCCAAGAAAUUAGAAAAGUAUAAGAAGCACGAAGGUCUCAAUGCAAGAAUGAAAGAUUACUCGGUUAAAAUGGGGUUUGGUCUACAUAUGGGAUGGGGAAUUGAAGGAGCCAUAGGUUCUGGCUUUAAAAUCGAUGCUUCCUAUCUUAGUCCGAAUGUUAACAUGGCAUCUAGGUUGGAGGCAGCUACAAAGUAGUUCGGAGCGCUCAUUCUCGUUAGUGGCAUUUUGAAACAAUAUCUCACUGAAGAAUGCUAGAAGUAAAUGAGAAUGAUCGAUGUUGUUACUGUGAAGGGAAGUAUUGUUCCUUUAGAAUUACACACCAUUGACAUGUCAAUAAAAAAUCUAUAAUCAAAAAUCAAAGGGUUAAGAGACAAAUUUGAUGUUUCCUAAAUGACCCAGAAGGAGUCUAAGAAGUUUAGAGUUUUAAAUAGGUUUAAGAGGGAAGACUUAAUGAAGAAGGUCCAAAAUAAUUAAGUAUCUGUGACUGAUCUAUUUGCAACUGAUGAUGAAUUGGCUGCAGCAAGAGAACCUUACACAUAAGUGUUUUAUGAAACUUGGAAAAUAGGAUUUGACUAGUACAUUAAGGGAUCUUGGGGUGAUGCCUAAUAAACAUUCCAAAAAACUUUAACUAUGAUUCCUGAACACAAGGACGGACCCUCAAAUACACUCUUGGAAGUAAUACAUUCAUGCGGUGGAAAGGCACCAAAGGAUUGGAAAGGAUUUAGAGAAUUAACAGAAAAAUGA